ACGAAAAGAUGGAUGAAAGGGAUUCUUGUGUCCCUUCUAAUGAAGCCAGUUCAACUGUAGAAAAUGCUAAUUUCUAUCAACGUAUCAAGAAAAGUAUAUUGAAAAAAGGGGAAAGCGUUGUUGAAAGAUAUGGAUAUGUCAAGCGAGAAGAACAGACAAUGAAAACAUUGGCAGCAAUGAAACUAUUGUUUGAAUAUCAGGUGGAGGCCCUGCGGAAACUUGAAGUGGAUACGUUGAUACUGACCAGUCAAAUGACGGAUGACACAGGAUUUUAUGGCUCCCCGAAGGGGUUACAGUUCCUGGAAGGCGAACUGAGACAAAAAUUCAUGACCUUCUGUAAAAGUAAAUGUGAAAAAAAAUCUCCAGCAAACAUAGAUAGAUCAGGACUUGUUUUUGAGGAUGCUGGAGUUCAGCUUAAAGUUUUGGUGGAGGCCCUGCGGAAACUUGAAGUGGAUACGUUGAUACUGACCAGUCAAAUGACGGAUGACACAGGAUGUUAUGGCUCCCCGAAGGGGUUACAGUUCCUGAAAGACGAACUCGAUCUGAGAAAAAACUUCAUGACCUUCUGUACUGGCAAUGCAGAAGUUAAUCCAGAAUUGCAAGAGUUUCCGUGUAAUGUUGAAAAUAAUGAAGGAAAAGAAGGAGCGAAAGUAAAUUCAGAUAUAUAUUACUGCUGUCAAAAUGAUGAUGGAGAUGAGCCGUUCGAAAUGUUUUGUAGAAAAUUCCUGUCGGAAUUUUCAGUAAAACAUCUUAAAGAUCAACAAAACACUCCAAGACGACUACUCUUGGUAGUGAAUUUGCCAAUCGAUAACAGGCAAAAUACCAUAGACGUCAUUUCGGGUUUCAUAACGUGUAUCAAGAGAAAAUAUAAAUUAUGUGAUUAUCUAAAGAUAUGUCUCAUUCAAAUUUCUUUUGAUGGAAACUGCAGUUGGAAUCCUCCUAAUCGGAUGAAUAAAACCAUUGUCGAAGCCCUGGAGAAAAAAGUCAACCUUAAUUUGGAUCCAUUUAUUGACAUUAUUUUCUCCGAUGACUAUCAUUUUACUAGAUGUGAUAUCAAUGAAUAUGCUGCCAAAAACAUACAAUCGUACAUGUCCAAAACAAACCUUGAGAAAUAAACACAAAAAAUCAAAUAAAAUCAAUAAAAGAAACUGUAUUUCAAACAUUCUUUUAAUUGUGUGAGAAAAAAUUUGUAAUUCGGUACUUAAACUCAUUAAGACUAAAUGCUAAAAUUCAUAAAGAAAUCAAAGACCACUUGAAAAAAUCGAAAUUUGAACAUCAUGUGCAUGUAUAUUUUUAAAAAAGUGGUCGUGAGAUUUCUUAAAAUAGCCGCUUAUUUUGGCUUUGUAGCAUAGGUGGCAAGGGACAGUUUUUUUUAAAAAUAUACAAUUCAAUGUAGCAAGGGGAUAUGUGCUUUCAGAAUUCAGUAACUAGAAUUGCCUUAGUUUCUAUUCAGCACAAAUUACUUUACUUACUCCCUUUGAUGCCAAUCACUAAUUUCUGUAGAAAAUUUCUAGUCAAAACCUGUACAAUGUUCUACAUGCUGGUUUUUGCGAUUUUGACCCUUUUUUUCUUGCUUCGCCCAUUUUUCAUAAUUUUUUCAGCUUUUUAUACCUCCCAAAGCUAAAUCCCUGCAAAGAGUUUACAUUCGUUACCGUGUGCAUGUUGCACCAUCACAUGUAAAAAAUUUAUCAGUGUUUAACAAUGUUCAAUGCAACUACUUUUUGCGUUAUUUUACAUCCUUUCUGUAAAUUCAAUUUCACUGUGUAAAGUCAACACAAUUAAUUUAUUAAAAUAAACACUGAAAUCACAAAUCUAAAUUCUAUAGUGGCUUAAUCGUCCUAAACAUGCAAAUUUGUUUUCCUUGAAUCUUCAACUAUAUUUGAUGCAAUGAAGCCAACUGUUGACUUUUACAGUGUUCUGUUUCCAAUUUAGAUAAAAACAUAUCAUUUUAAUUAUGUCUUAGGAUUUUCAAUAAUGUACUAAAUCAUGGAAUAGAAUGCAUUAUAUGUAUUUUUUUCUAUUGUAUCGUUUCAUGCUUUUUAAUUCUCUAGAGUCUGCCAAUACUACUUGUUAAGUGAUAAAAACUAUGUUGAUUGAUAUGUACAAUUACAUGUAAUGACUAAAAAUGUUGAUUUAUAAAUUGAAGUUUACUUGUGAUACUUUAAAAGUGUGUACAUGUCUGUAUAUUGCAAAUUAUAUUAUCUUAAGCAGAAACUUAAUGAAUUAAAGUGAUCUUUCUUC